AUGGACGCCCCACUGAGCCCCAAUCCCAGCCCCAUUAGUGCCCCAUUGGAUGCCCCAUUGGAAGCCCCAUUGCCACCCCAAUGGACGCCCCCAUCGCAGCCCCAUUGCUGACCCCCCCCCGCCGCCCCCUGACCCCUCUCCCCUCUCCCCCAGCCAUGCCGCCCCGCUCUCAGCUCUGCUCGCCCCCCACGCCGUGGCGCUGCGCUCAGGCCCUGUGCUGCGCCUCGGCCUUCAGCAUGGCGGCCGCCUCGGGGCCGUGGGGCGAAGGCGAAGGCGACGGCUGCGUGGCCGCCUGGGCGCUGAGCUUCGCCUUCACCCUCCUCCUCCUCCUCGCCCACCUGGCCGGCCGCCCGCCGCCGCGCCGCGAUCUGCCCCUGGCCUUGGCCUUGGCCUCCGCCAUCACCUGCACGGCGGCCGCCAUCUUGUGGCCCUUGGGCCAACUCCGCGACCAACCCGACGGCCACCGCCGCCACCUCCGCGCCGCCGCCACGGCCGCCUCGGCGCUGGCCGCCGUUUGUUACGGCGCCGAGGUGGCCGUGACCAGGGGGAGGCCGGGGGAAACCGUCCCUUAUUUGGCCACCAGCCCCGGGAUGCUGAAGGUGGCGCAGUGCGUCACGGCCGCCAUCUUGCUGGGGGUCUCGGCCGCUCUGGGGGCGGCGGGGGGGGCGGCGGGGUGGAGGUGGUGUCUGGGGAUCUACGGGGCCAGCAUGGCCGCGGGGCUGCUGGUGGUGCUGGUGUGCGGGGGGAUCCUGGGGGUCCCGGGGGGCUGCGGGGGGUGGGACGCCGCGUGGGCCAGGAGGGUCCUGGUGGGCUACGCGGCCCUGGGGGCGGUGGCCUACGGGGCCGCCACGGUGCUGUGGCCUUUGGAGGCGUUCGACGAGAGCAGGGGGGGCCGGGCGAGGCGGCCCUACGGCUGCGGGGCUCCGUGCCCCUGGGACCGCGCCGUGCUGGUGGCCCUGGGCACCGCCGCCAACCUCCUGCUCUACCUGGCCGACCUGGCGCAGGCCGGGAGGGUGGUGCUGCUGAGGGUCUGAGGGAUUUGGGGGGGGUGGGGGGCUCUGGGGGGGUCCUG